AUUUAUCGCACUCGCUCAGGCCAUAGCAACAGUUAAAGCUGCAAUUGCAACUCGAUGGAAAUGCCAUUGAUCAAGUCUCAAUUCUAAACUCUUGCACGCGAACCUGUUUGCAUCUGGCAAACCAUCAAUACCACUCAUUCCUACCUAUUUCUCGUCGCGUUUGUCGACGUAUGUUCACUUUGUCUCCUACCCUCAAAGCCUGCGUCACGCCCUCUUCCUUUCUGAUCCUCGCCCACCGAUCCCUUCCAGUCACCUCAGACAGUAUAUGACAAUUAGUCUAUGAUCAUCAAGACAAAAAAUCACUGUCACAUCUUGAAGAAAUAUAAGUAUGGGUCAGACUUUGUCAGAACCCGUGGUCGAAAAGACGUCCGAUAGCGGGGCUGAUGACUUGUUCAUAUAUGGCCUCUCGGCCAUGCAAGGAUGGCGCAUAUCCAUGGAAGACGCGCACGCCGCCGUCCUCGAUCUCAAAGCAGAGGAUAACAACAAGUCACAACGAACAGACCCAGAAAAACGAUUAGCCUACUUCGGCGUCUACGAUGGUCAUGGAGGGGAGAAAGUGGCGCAAUUUGCAGGCGAAAACAUACAUAAAAUCGUGGCAAAACAAGAGGCUUUCUCCAAGGGAGACAUUGAACAGGCGCUGAAAGACGGCUUUCUUGCCACGGAUCGUGCAAUCCUCAACGAUGCAAGGUAUGAGGAGGAGGUUUCCGGAUGCACCGCCUCUGUCGGUGUCAUCUCUAAAGACAAGAUCUGGGUUGCCAAUGCUGGAGACUCGCGAACGGUCCUUGGUGUCAAGGGAAGAGCGAAGCCUCUAUCCUUUGAUCACAAGCCACAGAACGAAGGCGAGAAGGCUCGAAUCAGUGCCGCUGGAGGUUUCGUUGAUUUUGGUCGAGUCAACGGCAACCUUGCCCUGUCACGUGCCAUAGGCGAUUUCGAGUUCAAGAAGAGUGCCGACCUUUCCCCCGAGCAGCAGAUUGUCACGGCAUUCCCAGAUGUGAUCCAACAUGAGAUCUCGAGCGACGAUGAAUUUUUGGUCAUCGCUUGCGACGGUAUCUGGGAUUGUCAAUCCUCACAAGCUGUUGUAGAGUUCGUACGUAGGGGUAUUGCAAGCAAACAAGAUCUACAUCGGAUUUGUGAAAACAUGAUGGACAAUUGCCUCGCCUCGAACAGUGAAACCGGCGGUGUUGGUUGCGACAACAUGACCAUGAUUAUCAUCGGUCUCUUGAACGGCAAGACCAAAGACGAGUGGUACGAAAUGGUUAGCAAGAGAGUGGCAGAUGGUGAUGGGCCAUGUGCGCCACCAGAGUACGCUGAAUUCCGCGGUCCCGGUGUCCGGCACCAGUUCGAUCGUGACAGCGCGGACGAAUUCGAGGUCGACACGGACCAUCAACUCCGAGAGUUUGGUGGCCGAACCGGCAGAAUCAUCUUGCUUGGGGACGGCACUGAAGUGUUGACAGAUUCGGAUGAUGCAGAAAUGUUUGAUCAAAGCGAAGAAGAAGACAAGGACACAGCGAACCAAGUUAAGAAGCCAGCUUCUGAACCAUCUGAAGAUGAUUCGGCUCGAAGCGAACGGGAAGGGACACCUGCACCGCAAUCAUCCAGAGGCAAGGAUGCUUCCAGUCAUCGCGAUGCCUCGCAUGGGCCUCAGACCGAGAUCAAAGGAGUUCUUGAUGAGCCGACUGAUAAGUAGGCGGGUGUGGACAUGUCGGUUUCAACUGGCAGAACAACUUUGACGAGAGCACUAGAUACCGUGCAUUAGCCUCUCAGGUACUUCAAGAAGGAUAUCUCUGCAUGCAAUGUUUGUCUAGAACCACACGGAGACAGGAGGGCUGUUGAUUGAGACGGGUUUUUUCAUGUGGUCAUGUUUUCAUUUUAGUGAGAUACAACGAGAAUCACAAAGGACAGAAGCGAUGGGUCUUUGUGAGUGCCUUAGCUUAGGUAUGCAUGAGGGUCGACGAGGAACGGUGUAACGAUUGUCUCUGUUGAGUAUCUCGUAGUCG